AUGCUAUUCUCUGGAGUUGGCUUCUGGGCUAUAAGUCCUAAAUUCAUGCUUAAAUAUAUCAUUCUUCCUUACUUAAUCUUGCUAUCCCUUUUCAGAUGGUGCAGCGAUCCGCUGCGCUCUGUACCAGGCCCGUUCUUUGCCAAGUGUACUCGACUUUGGAUCAUCCUUGCCGAUCUCUCUGGGUAUAGGGGAAGUAUCGUCCAUAAGCUUCAUAAGCAGUAUGGUCCUGUUGUACGCGUUUCUCCGAAUGAAUUGUGCUUUGCCUCGACGGAAGCCCUGGAUGAGAUUUACAAGGCGAACUCAAAGUACACGAAGGCUCCAGUCUACGAAUCAUAUGCUUUUAUGGGAACAUUCAAUACACGAGAUCAGCACCAGUAUCGAACUAUGAAAAGGCGACUAAAUCCAAGUUUCAACCCAAGAGCAAUGGAGGAACUAGAGCCUGUCCUUCGUAGACAGAUUUGCAAUCUAAUCAAAUGCCUAGACAAGCGCUUAGAGACAAGUUUUGAUAUAGUUCCUUGGUUAAGGACAUUGUCACUGAGUGUCGUUGGAGAAGGGUUCAUAGGGAAUAGCUUUUCUGGUUUAGAAACUGAGAAAAUUCCAACUUUACUUAAUGAAAUUGAUGAGGUCAUUCCGACAUUAUGGGUAUGGUGGAUGUUUCCGCUUUUGUCCGUUGUCCUUCAGCAUUCCCCAUUUCCAGGAAUACGGAGAUUCAUGAAUGCGGCUAAUGAUUUCCGUAAAUAUUGCGCGUCUGCGUACAGAAACUAUCUAGAGACCAAGAAUCCACAAGAGCACCAUGACCUUAUUGCAAGAAUGGUUAAAGAAAGAGAAGAGCUUAGGCAGAAAGCGCAACCGAUUCCUCGUCAUCUAACCGACGAGGGUAUCAUAGAUGAACUUACGAACAUGAUAUUCGCAGGUACUGACACAAUAGGUAACACCCUUAUUUACCUAUUUUGGGAACUAGCUCAUCAUCCCGAAUGGCAGUCUAGGCUUCGGGAAGAGUUGAGAUGUGUGACGACAGAUGAUCUAAACUUUUGCCCGCGAUAUGGUGCUGUGGCAGAGCUACCGGUUCUGGACGCAGUAUUACAGGAGACUUUUCGUGUUCAUCCUGCCGGGUUUUCUGGGCUACUUAGAUUGGUCCCGCAAGGGGGAGCUACUAUUGCUGGUGUUUAUGUGCCACCAGGAGUAAGUAUAUUCUGGAAGGAGUAG